AUGAGUGAUCGGCCGGUUUCCGCCAGCAAUGCAGAGUCUCUGUUUCAAUUAUACCGAGACAAGAGUCCCGAAAAGCCUGGUAUAGAGUCCAAAAGGAAAACGGUAGAUCUCAAUGGGAGAGACCGAUAUGGGUUUAAGAUAAGUGCCAGCUUUGUGGACCAGGAAAAGUAUAACACGUGGUGGGAUCAGUACAGUCGAUAUCUCAUUAGACGUAAACUAAAGUGGGUCAAGCUGAUGAAUAAAAAUGGCUUUGAAGCUGAUGAGGACUCAAUGCCGACCAAAUUUCCAACAAGAAGCGAAGAGCUCAAACGGUAUGUCAGGAAGGGAAUCCCCGCGGAAUGGAGAGGCAAUGCAUGGUUUUAUUUCUGCAAAGGACCAGAGAGAUUGAGCAAAAAUAAAGGAUUGUACGAUAACCUGUGUGCAAAAAUGGAUACUUUGGAUGAGGUUAACUUGGAAGCUAUAGAGAAAGAUCUGCAUCGAACAUUUCCAGAUAAUAUACAUUUUAAUGAUUAUAGUGGCGAAGAAUCUCUCAUGAUUGGAUCAUUGAGACGCGUUUUGAGAUGCUACGCUCUCUACAACCCGGAAAUAGGAUAUUGUCAGUCGUUGAACUUUAUCGCUGGUCAGCUGUUGAUUUUCAUGGACGAAGAGAAGACAUUCUGGAUGUUGGUCAUAAUUCAUGAAAAAUUACUCGUAGACGUGCACACGAUGAAUCUCGAGGGUGUCUCUGUUCACCAAGGGGUUCUUCUACUCUGCUUUAGACAAUAUCUCCCGUUAACUUGGUCCGUCAUGCGGGAACAUGACACCAUCAAUGACGAUUUUUUAGUCAACAUUCCUUCUUUAGGUAUAUGCACCACCAGCUGGUUCAUGUCUUUAUUCAUUGGGAUUCUCCCGGUAGAGACCGUGCUACGAAUUUGGGAUUGCUUAUUUUAUGAAGAUUCCAAGUCCAUUUUCAGAAUCAGUUUAGGAAUUUUCAAGUUGAUGGAACCUCAGUUUGUGAAAACCCCAGAGGAUGAAUUGUACCAUCUGAUUCAAAGCUUUCCCAGAACGAUUUUGAAUCCAAACGAUUUGUUAGACGUAUGCUACAGAAAGCUUAAUUCCAUCAGUCAUCUGAAACAGCAGGAGAUACAACUUUGCAAACAGUAUGUGAUAAACUACAGAGCAAAAUACAAGAAUUUGAAGCAUGAAGACAACAACUUACUGAGCAAUCAAGAACGACUGAAAUUACUACAAGAGGGCAUUCAAGAGUUCGGGAAACCUAGGGUAUUGAAAGGGUUAAGGUGGAACAGCAGGUUGAAUAAGCAGAUUCGAAAACUACGGGUUGAAAGUGAGCACGAUAUCUAA